UCACGGACCGUCUGAGCGCGAACACGCGCACACUCUGUGCCACACAGGCGCGCCCCCGGGUGGAGAGGACGCAGCGAGCUCCUCCUUACGCUCGUCCAACUUCUCCGUGCCGCGUCUUUCUCUGACUUCUGUCCACCAAUGCGAGGAUUUUAUCGCUGUUUGCGCUCUUUUGAUCAACUCUGGACUUUAAGGACCAGACGGGAGAAUGUAAAAUAAUCCAUCGGACUGCGCAAAACAAGAAGAAAGACAAAGAGACAUGUCGAAACGGAAUUACUCUCUCGUUUUGCCUCUACUCUUCACCUUCUGCGUGUUUUUAGGAUUAGCCGAUGGACAGUUCUUUCCAGGUGGCUGUACGUUUGAAGAGUCGUAUAGCAGCUGUGGCUACAGUGUGUCUUUGGGAACCAAUGGAUUUGCAUGGGAACAAGUCAACUCGUGGGAGAAACCUACAAUGGAUCCGGCCCUGCCUACUGGUUCAUUUAUGGUGGUGAACGCGUCUGGACGGGCGUCGGGGCAGAAGGCUCACCUGUACAUGCCCACCUUGAAGGAGAACGACACUCACUGCAUCGACUUCCUCUACUCUCUGUCCAGUCGGGAUGGCGCCAGCCCAGGAACACUCAAUGUUUACAUCAAGGUGAAUGGGGGUGCUCAGGGUAACCCUGUAUGGAACGCCUCUGACACGGUUACUGAAGGCUGGGUGAAAGCUGAAUUAGCAAUUUCUACAUUCUGGCCAAACUCCUAUCAGGUUAUUUUUGAGGCUGUUUCAGUACAGGGUCAUCCCGGAUUCAUUGCCAUCGAUGAUAUCCGUGUUCUGGCUCACCCGUGCCGUAAAGCGCCUCAUUUCCUGCGUCUCCAGAAUGUGGAGGUGAACGUAGGUCAGAAUGCGACAUUUCAGUGUACAGCUGGAGGGAAAUGGUCCCAGCACGAUAAACUCUGGCUGCAGCAGUGGAACGGUAAAGACACGGCGCUGAUGGUGACCAGGGUAGUUAACCACCGGCGUUUCUCUGCAACCGUGAGUGUUGGAGAUACUUCACAGCGGAGCACCAGCCGCUACCGCUGUGUGAUCCGCUCGGACGGAGGCUCGGGAGUGUCCAACUACGCCGACCUGAUCGUUAAAGCUCCUCCAACACCUAUUGCUCCUCCUGAGCUCCUCGCGGUGGGCGCCACCUACCUCUGGAUCAAACCCAACGCCAACAGCAUCAUCGGCGAUGGGCCAAUCAUCCUGAAGGAAGUCGAAUACCGAACAACGAUGGGGAACUGGGCAGAAACUCACGUGGUCGACUCCCCCACCUACAAACUGUGGCAUCUGGACCCAGAUGUGGAGUACGAGAUCAAGGUGCUGCUGUCCAGACCGGGUGAAGGGGGAACAGGGCCACCGGGGCCGCCGCUGGUCACCAGGACAAAGUGUGCCGACCCAGUCCACGGUCCCCAAAAUGUCAACGUGGUGGACGUCAGAGCUCGCCAGCUGACUGUUCAGUGGGAGACAUUUGGCUAUGCGGUGACACGCUGCCACAGCUACAAUCUGACGGUGCAGUACCAGUACGUGUUCAACCACCAGGAGUUUGCAGCAGAGGAACUGAUCCAGACGUCGUCACAUUACACCCUGAGGGGUCUCAGGCCCUUUGUUAAGGUCCGACUCCGGCUGGUCCUCGCCAACCCGGAGGGGAGCAAGGAGAGCGAGGAGAUCAUCAAACAGACAGAGGAGGACGUUCCAGGUUCAGUGCCGAUGGAAUCACUGCAGAAUACUCCUUAUGAAGAGAAGAUCUUCAUGCAGUGGAAAGCUCCCAAUGAGACCAACGGGGUCAUCACACUCUAUGAGAUUACCUACAAAGCCCUGAGCUCGUCAGACCCAAGCACAGAUCUGACAACACAGCGGGGGCGGGUAUUCAAACUGAGGAAUGAGACCCACCACCUGUUUGUGGGUCUGUCUCCUGGGACCAACUACUACUUUACCUUGAAGGCAUCAACCAACAAGGGAUUCGGUCCUCCAGUCAACACACGCAUCACCACCAAGAUAGCAGCCCCAUUGAUGCCAGAGUACGAGUCUGAGGCUCCGCUGAACGAGACGGAAACGACCAUCACCAUCCUGCUGAAGCCGGCCCAGUCACGUGGCGCUCCUAUCAGCUCCUACCAGCUGGUUGUGAAGGAGCAGCGCAAGUCCAGAUCCCGCCGCGCCACCUCUGAGACCCCCGAGUGUUUCUCGGCCCCGGUCAGCUUUCGCAACGCGUCGGCCUUGGAUUCAACCUACUACAUUGCCGCUGAGCUGCUGCCAUCCAGCCUGACUGUGAUGCAGCCGUUCACUGUGGGCGACAACAAGAGCUAUGGCGGCUUCUGGAACCCACCGCUGUCACCCGCUAAGAGCUACAGUAUCUACUACCAAGCCAUGAGCAAAGCCAACGGGGAGACCAAAAUCAGCUGUAUCCGCCUGGCUAACAAAGGUGCGUCCACUCAGGACUCGGAUGCCAUGGAGCCUGAGAAGCAGGUGGACAACACUGUGAAAAUGGCCGGCGUGAUUGCUGGCAUCCUCAUGUUCGUCAUCAUCCUCCUUGGCCUCGUCCUCACCUUCAAGCGCAGAAGACAUGCUUAUUCCUACUCUUAUUACCUAAAGUUGGCGAAGAAGCAGAAGGAGACGGCCAGCAGCUCCACCCAGCAGAGGGAGAUGGGUCCGGUCACCACGGCCGAUAAGAGCACCACAAAUGUCAGCACCCUGCACAAAGACGACCCCUUUUCCACUUCUAACCAGGACCUCAAUGGAUUUGCCUCUCCCUCUUCUUGCUCCUUCUCUGUGCAGGGAAGCAAGACUCUGCAGAGCAAAUCCUUGCUGAAUUCCUACUACUCAGUGUCCAAAGAGCCGGUUCCAGCUACAACUUCCAUCGAUGGCAGCCAGCCCUCGCUCGCCCAGCCCUCUCUCACCCUGCAGAGUUUUCCCUACGGAGGCUGUGAGUCUGUAGAGCUGUCCUACCAGAGUGCCUGCAGUUCAGUUGAAGGUCAGUUCCAGGCAGGCCAGUUCCAGCCAGCGAUCCGUGUGGCUGACCUCCUCCAACACAUCACCCAGAUGAAAUGUGGACAGGGCUACGGCUUCAAGGAGGAAUACGAGGCCCUGGCAGAGGGACAGACGGCACCCUGGGAAACAGCCAAAAAGGAUGAGAACCGCAACAAGAAUCGCUAUGGCAACAUCAUCGCUUACGAUCACACCAGAGUCCGACUGCAGCUGCUGGAUGGAGAUCCUCACUCUGACUACAUCAACGCCAAUUACAUUGAUGGCUACCAUAGACCCAGACAUUACAUCGCCACACAAGGGCCCAUGCAGGAGACGGUGAGAGAUUUCUGGAGGAUGGUCUGGCAGGAAAAUACAGCCUCUAUCGUCAUGGUUACCAACCUGGUGGAGGUGGGCAGGGUGAAGUGUGUUCGCUACUGGCCUGAUGAGACGGAGGUCUAUGGAGACAUCAAGGUGACCCUGAUAGAAACCGAACCUCUGGCUGAAUAUGUCAUACGGACGUUCACAGUCCAAAAGAAGGGCCAUCAUGAGAUCCGGGAACUUCGCCAGUUCCAUUUCACCAGCUGGCCUGACCAUGGCGUUCCUUGCUACGCCACUGGGCUGCUGGGGUUCAUACGACAAGUCAAGUUCCUCAAUCCUCCUGAUGCUGGUCCUAUAGUGGCUCACUGCAGUGCUGGUGCAGGGAGGACGGGCUGCUUCAUCGCUGCGGACAUCAUGUUGGACAUGGCAGAGAAUGAAGGCGUGGUGGAUAUUUUCAACUGCAUCCGAGAGCUCAGAUCCCAACGAGUCAACAUGGUUCAAACAGAAGAGCAGUACGUGUUUGUUCACGAUGCCAUCCUGGAGGCGUGUCUAUGUGGGAACACAGCCAUACCCGUGUGUGAGUUCAGAGCCAUUUACUACAACAUCAGCAGGCUGGACCCGCAGACCAACUCCAGCCAGAUUAAAGACGAGUUCCAGACACUGAACAUAGUGACCCCUAGGGUCCGCCCAGAGGACUGCAGUGUGGGUCUUUUACCCAGGAACCACGAUAAAAACCGCAGUAUGGAUGUCCUGUCAGCCGACCGCUGCCUGCCGUUCCUCAUAUCUGUGGACGGAGAAAGUUCCAACUACAUCAAUGCUGCAUUAAUGGAUAGCCACAAACAGCCAGCCGCUUUCAUUGUUACCCAGCAUCCUUUGCCAAACACCAUGGGAGACUUCUGGCGGUUGGUGUUUGACUACAACUGCUCCUCCAUCGUCAUGUUGAAUGAGAUGGAUACAGCGCAGUUGUGUAUGCAGUACUGGCCAGAGAAGAGUUCCUGUUGCUAUGGUCCCAUUCAGGUGGAGUUCAUAUCGGCAGACAUCGAUGAAGACAUCAUCAACCGCAUCUUCAGGAUCUGCAACAUGGCCAGGCCACAGGACGGUUACCGCCUCGUGCAGCAUUUCCAGUUUAUUGGCUGGCCGGCGUACAGGGACACGCCUCUUUCCAAGCGCUCCAUCCUGCAGCUCGUCAGGAGGUUGGCCAAGUGGCAGGAGCAGUACGACGGAGGUGACGGGAGGACCGUGGUACACUGUCUUACUGGCGGAGGGCGAUCUGGAACCUUCUGUGCCAUCUGCAGCAUCAGUGAAAUGAUCCAGCAGCAGAACAUCGUGGAUGUUUUCCACACUGUCAAGACACUGAGGAACAACAAGACUAACAUGGUGGAGACCAUGGAACAGUACAAGUUCUGCUAUGAAGUGGCCCUGGAAGCGCUCAGCUCCUUCUGAUUGGCCACGAACGCUGCGUGUCGAAUUCAGCGCCACACCCAGACACACAAAGUGCAUAAAUGGCUUCAUGGCUUCAAACCUGACCAGUGAGCAUGUCUGUGUGAAAAUCCAUGUGUGCCUGUGACAACACACACUGUACAUACCAGGAACGACACAAACACACACUCGCACAGACAUAUAUGCACACACGCGCGUGCACACACACACACACACACACACACACACUUGGUGUGUGUCUGCUUCAGCCAGACUGGGGACUUUACAUGCCUGUACAAAGAAGAAAUUAUGUGGGGAAAAAAAACCCUUCUGUUUUAAAGAAAAAGCGCCUCUUUUCCUUCUCUCUGUUCUCUGCUGGGCUGUGAUGUGGCUACUGUACAGUAUUUCCUUUUUAAAUUUACUCUAUACCUUGAAUGUCGUCUCCCUGUGAAGACCGGAUGCACACUGGAAGAUUUUCACUUUCCUUCACAUUACUUUGAGCGUCACGCCUGGGGUCUGCUGGAUUUCUGCACAGUCAUCAUGUACUUUACAAAUCCUAACCGGUCAGUUCAGAUCCAAACCCACAACCUUCCUGCUCACCGCUGGACCACCAUGCCCUCUUAAUCUCAGCACUCAAAAAAUAUAUUAAUUUGUUGGCGGAAUGUAGCUAAUAUUAGUUUCAAAACAUUGCCAGUUUCAUUAUUUUUUGUCA